UCUUAGUCAACUAGCGUUACGUCAUCUGCUGUCAGACUAAAGAUGGCGUCGACAGGGUUGAUGCAUAUAAAGCGUAUUUCUGCAGCUUUGGCUGUUCUUCUCGUUUUGUUUAACACGUUAAAGACGGGAAAAUGCGAUGAACAGGUGCCGCUUAUUCUAUGGACGAGUGAAGGGAUGACACUACCAAGUCAGUCUCCUCCUACAGUGGGACACAUUGUUGGGCAGCAGCAGCUCACCUCAUACCUGGAGAAAGCUCUGAAUGUGGGCCCACGAAAUGUUGUGUUGUUUCUUCAGGACAAGAUGAGCAUAGAAGACUUCACCAUAUAUGGAGGAGCCUUUGGAAACAAGCAGGACAGUGUUUUCCCCAACCUUGAGGGGGCCCUGAUGUCUUCUUCCUCCCUCCUGGUGUUACCUGCUGUGUCCUGGCCUGCUUCCAAUGCAGUGAUUGGCCAGCUGCAGGACCAAUUAGAAACCUCCCCUCUGUACAUGGACUCUGAGACACUGAGCCAACUGAGACUCAAUGCCUCCUCACCUGCCUUGCUGGUGUUCAGGCUGCCUUACAGCCUUGGGGCUGAUCUGAUGUCUGCUAAAGAAAUUCUCAGUGGAAAUGAUGAGGUAAUUGGUCAGGUGUUGAGCAUCAUGAAGACCCAGUCUGUUCCAUACACAGCCAUUUACACAGCCCUGCGGCCCUCAAGGGAAGCAUCUGUCUCGAUGGAACCAGGCCUGGCCAGAGGACGUUCUCUACUGCAGGCCAGAGGUGGAUACAGGGAGAGGGAGAAAGAAAGGGAGAGGCAGCAUAAGAUCAAGGAGAAGCCAGGGAUCUAUGGUCCAGUGGAGUUUAAGAAGGGCCAAGACACGUGUAUACUCCUGUGGGCAAAAGGCUUGUCAGUGGGCAUUCUUCGGAGCGGUCGCUGGGAGGACCAUGACCUGACUCCAUCUACUUUUGGGGAAGGUGUCAGCCCCAAACUCCAAGGUUCAAGCUGUGACAAAACCAAAGCAAAGUUGGUUCUUAAUUAUGAGAAUGUCCUCGGCCACCGCACCUUUAAACUGAUCUUUGCAAUGAGCCAGCGUCACUACAAAGUGUCUGCCCGGCACUGGUUCACACUUAACACUGUGGAACUGGAGUAUGAUGGGACCAAAGCCACAUUUAAUGGUAGCAGAAACAUUUAUGCCCCUGCUGAGUACUCAUACCGCUGUGAGUCUGUCACAAGUUUCCGCUGGCCCCUCCUCGUUCCACGCUCAUUCAAAGAUCCGGCCAGUCAGUGGAGGGUCUCUUUUGAAGACUUCCAGAUCCAGGGCUUUAAUGUGACUGGCAGUGAAUUCUCAUAUGCCAGUGACUGUGCAGGCUUCUUCUCUCCUGGUAUCUGGAUGGGUCUGAUGACCAGUCUUCUCAUGGUGCUAGUACUCACCUAUGGCCUGCAUAUGAUCAUGCAGCUCCACACUAUGGAUCGUUUUGAUGACCCCAAGGGCCCAGCCAUCUCUGUGCCCCAGACAGAGUAACACAGCUGCAGCCCAGCCGCUGACUUCACCCUCCAACUUUUCUCCUUUCUGUCCCCCAAAUGCUCCUCUUAAUGUGUAGCUUCCAUUCCUCUCCUUCCAUUCAAGUAUCCAUUCAUCUGUAUUGGGCAUUAUAGAGAAUAAUUAUGAUGUUAUCAGAAAAAGGGUUUAUUAAUCACUCUAUAAUGUGCCACUUUAUACUAGGAAAUGUGCAUCCUGAGACUGAAGAGUCUACUUUUCAGAUGCCAGUUAGGGCAUUAUUUAAUUUAAGUCACAGUGGUAAGAAAGUUUGUCUAACAGGUAAUACCUGACAAUGCUUAAACUCCAGAAGCUUAUUUAACACCAACACUGUUGACAGUGUUGUGAAAAUAUUUUAAGAAUUCUCACUCAUCUAAUGAAAUGGAUGGAAAAAUACUCACUUUUCUGCAUAAGAGAUUUUUAAGAGAUUUGUGAUAGUAGCUGUAAAUGGCACUAUAUUGAUUAAAGAGCCCAUUGCAUGCUCAUUUCCAGUAUUUCAUUAAAUGUUUAAUCUUGGGUACCUCUAGAUUAGCUUUGCACCCCUCCUAACUCCAAAUAGUCUGUAAUUAUUUCAGAAUGAUAGAACCCGAGAGCCUCUUCCUAAAAACGGGAGGAUAGCUCAGAAUAUGCACAGCUCUUGCUACCAGUCAGGAAGCCAGGACAGCGCAUAAACAAAAUACACUGACAAAUAAGCUUCAUUUUCGACAGUGACAAUACUUGAAAUCCUACUUGACAUGUUUGAGCCAGAAUAUGAAAAUGGAUGAACCCUAACAGCAUUAAUUAACUUGAAUUUCUCCUCCAUAGAUAGGUAAACAGUAUAUGUACCGAAGGAAAUAAAAAAAGUAACACCCUAAACAAAG